AUCUGGAAUGGACUCGAAUUCAGCAACAAUGAGAUGAACGCAAUCUCCGACAUCUGUCUGCAGCCUUUCGUCAAGUCGAGAUGAGACACUGCACGCCCUCCGAUCCCAAUAUCACAUCAAUCCUCCUGUCAUGCCGUUCAAGCUGCUGCCACUAACCGAAGAAGACGCUCCAGAAUGUGUCUCCGUCUACUUUGCAGCAUUUCAGAACCCGCACUCGCUCGCAUGUUGGCCUCGUGUCCCCGCUAUCAGGUCAUUUUGGGAAAAAAUGAUCUUAGACGAAUUACAUGAACCUCGUGCUCAUUGGGCGAAAGCUGUUGACGAGGAGACUGGGCGGCUGGCAGGAUUCAUGAAGUGGCAGGCACCAAAAGAAGGCGUAGAGCCAGACACGAGAUUACCAGAGUGGCCAGCAGAGGCUGAUGGGAGGUUAUGUGAUGAGACAUUUGGCGCUUGGGCCAGACAACAUCGAGAUCUGAUGGGGAGUCGAGGUCAUUGGUACCUCGAGCUCAUCGCUGUGCACCCAGACUAUCAGGGUCGAGGUGCUGGGUCGCUCAUGAUGCGUUAUGGGACAGAAAGAGCGGAUUCGGAUCAUACCGAAGCGUUUCUCGAAGCCUCUCCAGAUGCUGUGGCACUUUAUGAAAAGUUUGGAUUCAGGGAAGCCAGCAGACUCGACACAUUCAUCGAGAACGAGAGGGUUGAGGGAGUGUGGUACAGGAAUCUGUUCAUGAUCAGGCCGAUACGAUCCACAUCAGACAAAUCAUAGAUCGAUGCAUUCCCAAAUGACGCUGGACGCUGUAAAUAUGAAGCGAAGGACCACGGUACAUUUUACGUAAUCUUGUCUGUGCUCAGGUUGAUUCAGUAGUGACG